AUGUAUUAAUUUAAGAAGGAAGGUAUUGAGUAUACGUUUGAAAUACCUUUGGCCAAGAAUUGCAAGACAGAUCAAAUAGUGUAUUCUGGAGAGGGAAAUCAAUCGAAAAUUGGGGAUUAUCAUAUAAGGGAAGGUGGUAAAUUUGGAGCAAAUUAUUUGAUUUAUGAAGACAAACCUGAAGUAUGCCAUUCAAAAUACACUUUGAAUAGGCAAUGUGAUAACUUGAUUGGGAUUAAUAGGUUGGCAGAGAAAACUGAUAAAAUAAGUUUGAUAGGUGAUAUGAAAAUUAUAAGAAAAUACAGAAGAACAACAAGGAAAGAAAAGCGAAAGCAAUAGUAAAGAUAGUAAUGA